UUUUACGAUUCUGAUCAACAAGUUCGAUACUAUUUCUUCUCAUAUUGGUACCGCGCUUUGCGCUUCAUACAUUGGAUUAAAAUGGCAUUAAAAUAUUUAAUAGUUUUAUCGAUAGUAUGUUUAACGAAUAGUGAAUUAGUUAAUACGAACAAUACGAAAGAACAUUCGAAUUUGCGUAAACGAGAUGUUAAUUCUUACGUUGGUUUAGUUGCGUGCGCUAUGAAAUAUGAUAUGCCUUGUUUUAUUGAUGUUGCACAAGAUUAUUUGGAAAAUCGAAGAACUGAUCUUUUAGCUCAAGCCGAUGCUCAAAUGCUUGAAUCGGGUCGAUCCGAUCCAGACAGUAAGCCUUCACAUCUAGCUGACACUCUCACCAAAUUAAUAUCAGAAAUAACCGACAUGUUCCAGAAUGGAUUUUCUGGGAUUUUCGAUGCUGGACGAGAAGCAGCGGAUGACGAAGAAAGUGAUUUAGAAAAAAACGAAACUGAAAUGACUACCACUGGUGAUAGCAAUGGAGAAACUCGAGAACUAAACAAAAGCGGCUCCGGCAUCAAAAAGAAAAAGAAGAAACCAUUGAAAAGCCUCAUCAGACUUAUAAAAGUGGGCAUCGUGGCCGUAAUAAUCGUCCUGAAACUUUCCGUGGUCCUGAAAGUGCUCCAAACGGCGAUGCAAUUUAAAUUCAUGCUAAUUUCCUUGGGUGGUUUUGUUAUUCAGGCGGCGAAACUUUGGAUGUCGGUCAGGAACAAGAAGGACAUGCACGGCCACGAAGAAAUUGUUUAUAAGAGUCCUUAUGGUACUGACGCUGAGUAUUCCAGUCCGCCUGGCGGUGCCGUUUAUGGUACUGGAGAUUAUAAUGCUAGAAGUGGACAGGAUAUGGCUUAUGCUUCUCAAAGAAGCAUGAUGUAAUUUGACCAUAUAAUAAAUAUCAGGCUUAUUUAAAUCAAAUAAGUGAUUAUAUGUAUAGGAGUGGUGCAAUACAAUUUCAGUUUCUACAACCAAGAUUGAGGUAAAUUUGUGCUUUUUUUAUAAGCAUUAAAAGUGAGUCAUUAUUGACUCUCUUUAUUUGGUACCUAUGUGUAACAUUUAGCAAAUGAGUGAUGUACUUACUCGAACUUAGAAGUGAUUAUCAAUUUGACCUCAUUUUCUCUAACAAUUAUUGAUGGGUGUGGGGGUGUUCCUAAAUAUCAUGUACAAACUGAAGGGGGUGAUUCUUUGGUUUAUUUUAUGACUGAAAUUUCUAAUUAACAUAGGUCUACAAACGCUUCGUUAUCGAUCUACAGGGUGUUGAAAUUGUUAUAUUUUUUUAGUUUUUUCUUUAUAGCUCCUGCAAUUGUUGAGGGAUUUAGCUCAAACUUGGAAUAUAGACUACGCAAUAGGAGCUAAAUGAUUGCACAUGUCAAACUUUUGCCAGAAUCUACAGGUUGAUGAUUUAUCAAGGGUCAUGCCCGAUUUUCUGCCCCAGAACUUUUUUGCGGUGCGCUGCUGGUGGAUUCUAAAAAACAAAAUAAUUUUGCUACCUUAUUUACAAAGUUUUUGUUCCCCUGUAGUUUAUUUCGAUUCAUUGACCCUUAUCGAGAAAAAAAAUAAAAAGCAAAUCUCUGUAAUUAGCUAAAUGAAACUACAGUGACUCAAAAAACCUUUUCUACCUACAGUGGCAACAAUAGAGGUCCCGCCGCCAUAUUCUUGCUCAUUUUCAAUAGGAAUCUAGAAGUAAGCCACGCCCUCGCCUCCAUAUUCUUGCUCGUUUCCAAUAUGGAUACAUUGAAAUUUAAACACCCUGUAGAUCGGUAACAGAGCAUUUGUGGAUCUAUGUUUAUUAGAAAUUUUAGUCAGAAAAUAAAUCAAAGAAUCACCUCCUUCCGUUUGUACAUGACAUUUAGGAACACCCUGUCUAUUUAGGAUAUAUAGAUUUUUCUGUAUUGUGUGUUCAAAUGUGUGCGUUAUGUAUUAUGUUAGUUUUACAGUAAAUUAUUUAUUAUUAUUUAUUCAAUAUCGUGGUGCCAAGAUAAAAAUAAAGUAAUAGUUACCAUGAAUGUUUUGGUUUUUCAUUUAUAAAGAAACUAUGCACUUGUGGAACAUUUGAUAAGUAUUCCAGAGAACGGGACAGAUUGACUGUUCAACCAAAUUUU